CCCGGGGGCGACAACGGGGCCUCGGGGCAGCACAGCGCGCGAGCCCCUCGCGCACGCCUGACCGCCCAUCGCAGUCUGGGCCCCAGCGCAGCGGGCAGGGUCGCAGCGAUGGACUCGCUGGCAGCACCCCAGGACCGCCUGGUGGAGCAGCUGCUGUCACCACGGACUCAGGCCCAGAGGCGGCUCAAGGACAUUGACAAGCAGUACGUGGGCUUCGCCACGCUGCCCAACCAGGUGCACCGUAAGUCUGUGAAGAAGGGCUUCGACUUCACGCUCAUGGUGGCAGGGGAGUCAGGCUUGGGGAAGUCCACGCUGGUUCACAGCCUCUUCCUGACCGACCUGUACAAGGAGCGGAAGCUGCUCAGUGCGGAGGAGCGCAUCAGCCAGACAGUGGAGAUCCUGAAGCACACUGUGGACAUUGAGGAGAAGGGGGUCAAGUUGAAACUCACCAUUGUGGACACGCCGGGCUUCGGGGACGCCGUCAACAACUCUGAGUGCUGGAAGCCCAUCACUGACUACGUGGACCAGCAGUUUGAACAGUAUUUCCGGGACGAGAGCGGCCUCAACCGCAAGAACAUCCAAGACAACCGAGUGCACUGCUGCCUGUACUUCAUCUCCCCUUUUGGGCAUGGGCUGCGGCCCGUGGAUGUGGGCUUCAUGAAAGCCUUGCACGAGAAGGUGAACAUCGUGCCCCUCAUCGCCAAAGCGGACUGUCUCGUCCCCAGUGAGAUCCGGAAGCUGAAGGAGCGGAUCCGGGAGGAGAUCGACAAGUUUGGGAUCCACGUGUACCAGUUUCCUGAGUGUGACUCAGAUGAAGAUGAGGACUUCAAGCAGCAGGAUCGAGAACUGAAGGAGAGUGCACCCUUCGCUGUUAUCGGCAGCAACACGGUGGUGGAGGCCAAGGGCCAGCGGGUCCGGGGACGACUGUACCCCUGGGGGAUCGUGGAGGUGGAGAACCAGGCGCACUGCGAUUUCGUGAAACUUCGCAACAUGCUGAUCCGCACCCACAUGCACGACCUCAAGGACGUGACGUGCGACGUGCACUACGAGAACUACCGCGCGCACUGCAUCCAGCAGAUGACCAGCAAGCUGACCCAGGACAGCCGCAUGGAGAGCCCCAUCCCCAUCCUGCCCCUGCCCACCCCCGACGCCGAGACGGAGAAGCUCAUCAGGAUGAAGGAUGAGGAGCUGAGGCGCAUGCAGGAGAUGCUGCAGAAAAUGAAGCAGCAAAUGCAGGACCAGUGACCUCGCCCCAGACCCCCGUUGCCAUGGAUAUACUGCCAGUUCUCCAGCUUGCCCUUCCCAUCCCUGGACCCCGACUGGCUUGGACUCGACCCGGAUUCAUCUGGAUCUCCAACAGGCCUGGACACAAUCCCAACCCCGCAAUGGCCCAGACCUGGACCUGUCUUUCCCCACUGUUCCUGACCUGACCCAGAGACGCGGGGCCUCAGCCCCCAGCCAACCCUAAUUUAUUCUCAGCAUCAGCCUCUCCCCUCGUUUGUAUCUGCUUAAGGGGCCUGGAUCACAGCCCCCACAACCAGCCCUCUCUGGCCUUGGGGAAGCAGGAGCUAAGUCGGGUGGUGACUUCUAAGAUCUUCUCCCAACCAGGAAGGUCACAGCACUCAGACUCCAUGCCCUACCCAGAGGAGUAGGUAAACCAAGGCAGAACAUAGGAGCAGAUCCUUGAGACCCCAGGCUUGUUCCCCCACCCAAUGCUGCAGAAUGGACUUGGAGCCCUCACUUUGUGCCGAGGUGGGCUGGGUCCUUCUUACCUCUUCACCCCCUCACCAGGUAGCUUUGGGGGCAGAUCAGGCAGCUGAAGCAAUUAGGAUUCCUCCAGAACUAAGGAGACCAUCCGGCUGCUGGGGAGAGCAAUGGAGGAUGGGACACCUGUGAAGGCCCGCCCCCAUCCCCCAUGGCCUUGGCCCGGCCUCAAGGCUCCAGGAGCAGUGGGUGGUGGGCAGCCUGGCGGCCACCUUCCCCGCCUGUCGCUGGCGAUCUGUUCUCCCCAGCAGCACUGUUGCCCCGGGUUCCGGAGCCCUUGGCACCCCCAUCCCUCCACCCGCAUGACCCCUGCCCCCCAAGCCCCAUUCUCCAGUUUGUUUAGUUGUGAAUGUUGCGUCCUGUCCUGGUGACAGGAGAACAAUAUUGGUGAACGUC